CCGUCGAACGGGUAUCGACCCAGAAUAUGUCCUUUGCUAUGACUUUGUUGCAGGUACUUUAGAUACCCAACCCAUAGGCGGAGUAUACGGCGUUCAAAACCUCUACAAAGACGUGCGUAACCUCGAAGAUGUGAAUGAGCUCGAAAAGAAACUUUCCGUGCUCGAAAGUGAAGCUGCCACAGUAAUCGCCGAUCUCCACAAAGUUCUGGACACAGGAAAAUUCCACCUUAAACGUGGGGCACUCGAGAGACUUAGGAAAUUUCUCUUCGUCAUGCACUAUCGUAAGGACGCAUUAUCUACCACCUACUUUCAGGAAGAUCACCCGGAAAAUGCUUGCGUACGGAAGUGGAUGGAGAGUUUUAGGACAAGGAACGACCUACAAUCCUCUGCGGAUGUCUGGUUACAUGUUCUUCGCUACUAUCUGGAUACGCCUCACUGGGAAAUUAUAUCGCACGCCUCGAAGAUACACAAAAUGUAUGGCAAGAAUGGUUUCUUGGACUUAUCUACCGGCUGUAGCGUCAAUCCUGAGGCAGAGCAUGUCCAUAGCCUUGCCUAUGAAACACAGGCUGAUCGUCAAAAUGGAUUCGGUUUGUGGGAGGGUUCAGCCGCAGGAUCGCCAGGGCUCCACCGCCUAUAUGUGGUCAGUCCUCAGAUUGCUAUCAUCUUGAGGAGUAUACUCUUGCGUCCAGAAACACUGGAAAACCGCAACCAUAGCGUUGAGUUAAGCAGUGCCUUGACGGAUAUCAAUCAACAUCCUCCUACACCUUCAUACAGGAACGGUGACAAAGUGCUCCACUACAACAACGAAGCAGACUUUGACCGAUAUAGAGCUUCAAAGGAGGCCGAGGAAGACACUUUUGCUUUCCAAAUCACUAUGCUCACACCAUCACAGACCCACGCCAUCAAUGCCAUUAUACUCAAAAACACGCGGCCUACUGGAUAUGUCACGUUUAUCUCGAAAGAUGCGAUGCUCAAUACUACUCGUAAAUUCUGUAGUCACUUCUUCAACUUUUUCCGAUUUCCAAAAUACGAACUACUCCUCCCUCACUUAACGAAGUUUUAUUGUUCGCCACUUUCCCGUGGCCAUUUCACGAGAGACCAGUAUGAUGAACUGGCAUCAGUCAUUUUUGACAAUUGUACCGAUGCCAAAAUUUGGUCUCUCCUGCGAUCAAUCGUUGAUGAAGCUUUCAACUUUACUUCAGAAUACAACAAAGCAUACCGCAUGUUCCUACUCUGCUCUACAGAAAGCCCGCCCCCCACAUGUAUCUUUGCAGAGCGGUAUCGUCAGGUGAUAUCUACGAGUACCGGAAGCAUGACGGGAGUUUUCGGGCCCCCUCCCCGCACACUUCGCCCACAGCCAUCAUUGAAACUCGUCGAGACUCUGCCUCAGCAAGAAUCUAACGCGCUUUUCAAAGUCAUGAGUAACAUGUUGGCGCGACUUGGCUUAGUCUUUGAAAAGACAGACGGCUUAUCGCCCGAUGAAGCUGCCUUGGAUGAACUCUUGCACAAGGUAGUAGUUGUGGGCAUUUUAUCGUGGUUGGGGAAGAAUAGGCAUGACUAUGUAAAUGCCGUGGUGAAGGUCGCUGGAUUUAUGACCGGUCAGCCUACCUUACAAUUAUUUGAAAAAUGAUCAACGCUCCCUCAUUGUUUCCAAACUCCGAGCUGAAACUCAUGGUGCCGCCGCCACAAUCAUUUAGUUACGUUGUCAUUUUACUCGAUAUAUAUAUUGCAUGCUGGACUGCAAGUAUGCGUCUUCCUGGAGUUCAUGCAUAUGCCAGUGUUAGCAGUCUGUAAUAUAUAUCGAU